AUCGCUCCGCUCGGCGCUCGAUGUCACCGGCCUGCCCAGGUUACAUAGCGCAUGCGCGCCGGUCCCUUCUUCCUUUCUGCCUUCUGAGGUCGCCAUGGCGCCAGUGAAAAAGACUGCGACGAAGGGCAGCAAAAAAAAGAAGCAGCUCUUGAAGUUCACCUUGGACUGUACACACCCUGUGGAAGAUGGCAUCAUGGAUGCUGCUAACUUUGAGCAGUUCUUGCACGACCGAAUCAAGGUCAAUGGAAAAGUUGGCAACCUGGGUGGCGGUGCUGUCGCCAUUGAGAGGAGCAAAAGUAAAAUCACUGUAACUUCAGAAGUGCCGUUUUCCAAGAGGUACUUGAAAUACCUGACUAAGAAAUAUCUGAAGAAAAAUAACCUCCGUGACUGGCUGCGUGUGGUCGCUAACAGUAAGGAAAGCUAUGAGUUACGAUACUUCCAGAUCAACCAAGAUGAGGAGGAGGAGGAAGAUGAGGAUUAAAUUGUCGAUUUGGAUGGCUUUUGUAUUUACAAAAAUAAAGAUAUAAACACA